UUGUACGAGCACGUCUUAAAAAACAAAACGCGUUUGCACAAUUUUGAUAAAUUUGAAUGCGUCUUUGAAUCGUAAAUUAUUCGACAAAAAAUAUUCUUGUCAAACUUUGCCAGUUUAUGCGGUUGAAAAUCAAGAACAGAAAAACUAAUACUUGCUUGAAUUUUUGGCUCAAAAUUGAAACACUAAAUUAAAUUUUGUUAAAGUAAAAUUUUCCUCAGUCGUGACAACCGAUCACGUAAAUGGUAAUAGCCGAGAGCUCUCGGGUUCUCUCGGGCUGCAAUACGAAUGACUCGGAAGCCUCGGAAAUUUACAAUACUUACGAUUCCAUGAACUAUUACCAGUUACGAAAACGGACUAUAAAUUUGAGGAAGCGCAAACAAUUUUACUGCGAGUUGAUCAACUUCUACGACAUUGACUUCGGAUCAAAGAACGAGAACCAAAACCUAGACAUCGGCUGUAAUGCACCCGAAUCGAGUUUUGGAAGAAAUUUCAAAGCAGGAAAAGAUUGGGAUUGGAAAACCGAGAAGCAGCGAACUGGCUUACGACAAGGAAAAGAAUCGGUCGUCGACGGCUCGUCCCGGGAGUCUGAUCAUUCCCUCGACGGCGAACGCAACUCGGGUUUCGGUAGAUCAUUCGCCGAGUGUUCCCAUUUCGGCGACGGAUAUCGUUCCAACGGGACGACCGGCGAGCGUGCAGACGAGUCGAGUUGCAAAUCAGGGGUUCCUACGGUCGGCGUUGCGGAGGGUGCUUCAGACGAUGACGAACACGAAGAAGAGUCCAUCGUCGCAGGUGGAACCUUGCAACAUCCUCAUGAGAAGGUCUUCCUUGUCAGAGCAGGAUCAUCAGUCGAAAACAAAAAUGCAUCCGGCCAACUACUCGGCUCCACGACCUCCGAGACCACGCUCGGCAAACCCAGCUCUGCGCAGUCGGCUGUUGCAGAACCGCAAUUGUCUCUCGACAAUUCCCGAAUUGAACAAUCAUCAUCUUCAGCACGCUUCGGAGCCCAGAAACGACCGUCUCGAAUUGCCGCAACAACGAGCGUCGAUUGCCUUAAACAAAGUUUGCGAGCACGAGGAAUUAGUUCCGCCACGAACUCGGGCGUCUUCAGUGAGUCAUCAUCUUCAAUCGGAAGCGCCGAGAGCGAAAAAGUCGACCGCGUUGAGUCACCACCCGUACUACAAGUUGUCGUGGAUGCCGACUUGCGAAAUUCAGGCGACGAAGUUCUAAAUUCCACUCGUUCUUAUCCGAGUCAAAAACCAAAGAAAUUUGGAGAGGAAAGACAGCAAUCUGGCAUUAGAAAUAGUGGCGCAGUGCAAAUGUUCAAAAAGUUUUUGUCAACGGUAAAAACCAAAGUUCACAUCAAUUCAAGAACUAAAAGCACUGGUAUGAAUGUGGAAGUUACAGACGUCUACAUUGUCGACGAAAGUGUCUAUUCGGACUGGACAGUCCUCGACACCCAGACAUUCUCCGGAACAUUCUGUCCUCAAUCCGAAGUAACCGUAGAGCCAGUGGGCGAACUGAAGAUGACAUUUCUGAGUGAAUUCGAUUUCUUAGAUUGGGUUUGUGUCCAAGAGUUCUCGGAAACCAUAGCGUACAGAGUUGAGCCAAGCCUGGUUUAUGAAGAACAAAUUGAGAUUUGUGAAGAGUUAACAAGUUUCGAAACUGCCACAAGUGUCAACUUGACUAAAUGCAACGAAAUGAACAAACAGUGGGAUAUUUCAACACCUACGAGUUUCAGUUUGAAGACUGUUGUUUUUCAAGAGGAUAUGAAAGUUCGCCGUGAUAAGAAAUUGGAGACAAUCUUUGAACUUUCCGAAGAGCCCGAAGAGUCUAAAGUUCUUCCCGAAAUUCCGAUUCGAAAAUUGCGAUUACUUGGAUAUGUUGAUUUGUUUGAAGAAACGAAAAGAAUUGACAAAGCGAAGAGAAAAUUUUACGAUUUGAAACUGGGAUUUGUUACGAAAACUGAUUCGAGCACGUUCAUGAAAAUGAUCCUUUGUAGCCUCCUAAUCUUAAGCAUUAUUUUUACAUGGAUAAUGGCAAACGAAGAAUUUGCGGUUAUUGUACGAGUUUAAAAACUAAUGUGGACUUUUUAGUUGAACAUGAAAAUAGUUAUGCAGAAAAUAGUUUAAUAAUUUUGUAGAUUA